UGUCCUAAUAACUCUGAUUAUAGUUUGGAGCUAAUAAUGUUGUAUCCCUAAUUUAGGUAUUAGUAUUACAAGUAGCAGUGGGAGGAAAAUAGUUGUCAUGGUUCUCUUUUUUUUACAAAAAAAAAAAAAAAAGUUGAAGUUAUGUUAAAAUACAGCAUAUUUAACACAGAAAGAAACAGAGAAGACAUCAAUCAACAGAAGGGAAGAUGUUUACCCAACUCCAGUGAACAACAUUCAAAGGGGAAAGAUGUGUUUACAAAAUCUGAUUUAAAUUCCAUUGCUGAAAAACUUGAUGUGGAUGACCCUAACAAGGGAAGUUGGACUCCCAUGUCAAUUGUUUUUAAGCCUCAUCAUAAUGAAAUCACCGGGAACUAUGAUAUAAACGUAUUGAUUGCAGCGCUGGAACAGAAAAGCAAAACUGUUGUUUGGCAUGACAGGCGAAAUGGGGCUUCUUCAAUUGAUCUUGAUGGAACUGAUGAUUGGCUGAUGGGAAUUGUUCUUAAUGUUCCUGUUAGAAAGUUUAGCGGCCUUUGGAGAAGCAGGCAUUGGGUUACGUUAAAAUAUAUUCAGGGGUUUUGGUAUAAUCUGGACAGUGAUUUUGCUGCUCCUUAUGCUUUUAAAGAUACCCAAGAAGUUAGGGAGUUCUUGGAUGGCAUCAUUACUGCUGGUGCUGAGUGUGAUGGCCUUUUUGACUUCAGCUGUUUGAAGCACUGUGGAUGGAACAUGUUGCACUUUGAAGAUUGGCGGGUGUUAGCGUUGUGCUGGGUUUUUUUCCUGUUUCUGCUCUGAGACGUCAAUACUAGUCUAACAUAUUCUAAAUGUACCCUGGAGGUUUAGCAUUUGCAGCAGAUUACUGGAUAGUUGCCGAUGAGAGACUACAUCCUCAGAAUGUUUUCUUCUCUCUGACACACGAGCAUUGUAUGGAUUGUUUGUGUCAUGUCGAUAUAUGUGUUGUCUCCUGAUUGUGAUAAACCUGCUUGAGACAAGAUUGCAUCGUAAAUUUACUGGUUAAUGCAGCAUGUUAGACAGUUUCCUGUGAAUUCUUUUGACUGUUUAGAAGUUAUUUUGCUUGUAGUUUGAUUUACCAUACAAAAGUGAAUGAAACUUCCUUCGACGUA